UCCCUCCCUUCACACAGCACUGCCCUUAAAAAAAGCCAGAUAGGGAGGGACAGACAGUCUGAUUACUGAGUGUGACUGUGUGAGAGAUAAAGUCAGAGUUGGCCUCAGGAUGCCUGCGUACGCCACCAACAUGAGGCUGAAGUUCCCCAUCUUGGCCUUGAUCCUUGAGAUUAUCACCAUCAUCCUGUUUGCAGUGUUUGUGGACUACGACGAUGGGAAAGGUCACGGGCACGACCCGCACUCCAAUGAGACCGACCAUGAGCAGCAGCCAAUGGAUCUCUACCCCAUGUUUCAGGACGUCCACGUCAUGAUCUUCAUCGGCUUCGGGUUCCUGAUGACGUUCCUCAAGAGAUACGGCUUCAGCAGCGUGGGCAUCAACUUGCUGCUGGCUGCCUUCGGCCUGCAGUGGGGCCUCCUCAUGCAGGGCAUCUGGCAUCUGGAUGAUGGCAAGAUCAAAAUCAACAUCUUCAAAAUAAUCAACGCAGACUUCAGCACAGCUACAGUCCUGAUCUCCUUUGGUGCCGUUCUGGGUAAAACCAGCCCUGUGCAGCUCCUCAUCAUGACCAUACUGGAGAUCACCAUCUUCUCCAUCAACGAGCAUCUGGUGGCUACUGUUCUAAAGGCUAAUGAUGUCGGAGCGUCGAUGGUCAUCCACGCUUAUGGAGCUUACUUCGGCUUAGCAGUGGCUCGUGUCCUUUACAGACCAGGUUUAAGAAACGGGCAUGAGAACGAGGGAUCAGUUUAUCACUCUGAUCUGUUUGCUAUGAUUGGAACUGUCUUCCUGUGGAUGUUCUGGCCCAGCUUUAACUCGGCCAUCGCUGAUCCAGGUUUCACCCAGCUCACCGCAGUGAUCAACACCUACCUCUCCCUGGCUGCCUGUGUGCUCUCUGCCUACGCCAUCUCCAGCCUCGUGGAGCACAAAGGAAAACUGGACAUGGUGCACAUUCAAAACGCCACAUUGGCUGGUGGCGUUGCCGUGGGAACAUGUGCUGACAUGAACAUCGGGCCGUUCGGGGCCAUGCUGAUCGGACUCGUCGCGGGCAUCAUCUCCACCGUGGGCUUCAAGUUCCUGAGUCCCAUCCUGGCAUCCAGCAUGGGUAUCCAGGAUACCUGCGGUGUCCACAAUCUGCACGGCAUGCCUGGCAUCCUGGGCGGACUGGCUGGUAUUGUGGCUGUGUCUUUGGGAAAGAAAGAGGGAGGUGAUCCUGCCAUGCAAGCUGCCGCCUUGGCUUCAUCUCUGGGCUUCGCUUUGGUUGGAGGUGCUGUUACAGGUUUCAUAAUGAACCUGCCGAUCUGGAGUCAACCUCCAGACCAGAACUGCUACGACGACUCUCUUUACUGGGAGGUUCCUGAGGAAGAGGACGAGAACGAGGAGAGCUUGGCUCACGCAGAUCACUCAAAGAACAAAGCAGAAGUUUAAACAUCUGCGCACCGCUCACACAGCUAAAAAUGAAGGAUCACUAUUUAGCUGUGACUGUAGAUAACAAUUUGUCAGUUAUUUUAUCCACACACAGGAUAUUUUUAACAAAUUAGAGACUAAAAACACACAGAAGCAAUUAGCAUAAAAUGUGUCAAAUCCAAUUUACAUACAGAGAAAGAAUCUUAAACUUCAGGGAUUUUUUUUUACACCUGAAAGUUUUAAUAACCAACAACUUUCAUGAACCACAAAACACUCUAAAAAAUAAUGCUUGGGCAGAGCAAAUAAAAGCUAACACAACAGCUUGAUCUGUUAUCAGUCGAUCUGUGAUAACUUUUUUAAUUACAUUGAGUUAGAGGAAGGAACUUUCCUUUACAAUCUAAGAUCAUUUUAAUUACCAGGCAAAACCAAAAUUGGCAUGUUAAGAUGAAAGAGGGGACAUCAAAUCCUCAAAAAAAUAAAUGAUGAAGCCAAUCUUAUGAAGCUACCUCGACUUGAAUUUAGUUUUAAAUCAAGUAAUGAAGAAAUUUGAGUUGAACACAAUAUUAAGUUGAUUCAGUUACCAGUAUUAUUAUGUAAACAAAACCCAUCUAAGUAAUGUUGAAAGGUUUAUCUUAAUCAGUAAAUCCCAUUUUGUGUUUUCUUGCAGCUGUGGUCUUCCAAUAGGUCCUUACAAUGAUUUUAUAGAGUGUACAAAACAAGAUGGACCAUUCCACAGCUCCACUGCUGAUACAAAACUACUUUACAAGCUUUUCUUUAUGUUGUUUUGUACUAUAAAAAGCAUAGAAGCAUGUGUGUUUUUUUUUUAAAGAUAUUAGUAUCGUUUUAUUUUGUCUCAUACAUUUCCUUACACCUAACAUGUUAAUUUCUGCUGAAGCUCAGGUCAAAGCGAGGAGGUAAAACCAGGCUUUGAUCUGUUGCUUCACUUUACCUCACUGGAGCCCAAGCCUUCUGCGAGGAGUCAGACGGCGUGAAAGCAGCAGCUCUUCACUCUGAUGUGGGCAGGGAAAGUCGCAUAAUGUUCCUAAUGUUAACUAAUGAACCUUUGUGUCUUAUCUUGUACUGCUUCCAAACGUUGUCUAGCCUUCUGAUGACAGCUGUACACUUCAGCAUUCGAGUGUUUGUCACUGGGCAACUUGUGUUUUCUAUUUACAGCAAAUGUAUUCUUGCAUGUACAUACAGUUUAUUUCUUAGAUGGUUUGACACGGUCAGUUUUAUCAAACGCAAAAAAAAAAUAGCAGCUGGUACUGAACAUUUUUCCAUAUAUCUCACAGAAUUGAACAAUCUUACAUAGUGAUCUGAAGUGAAAACUGUUUUACCAUUUUGGCAGCAUCAUUCUGCCGGCUUUGUACCUGUUUUCUCUGUUGGUGACUCAGUCUAACAGGGUAAACUGUCACAACUGCAACAUACCUCAUGCAUUUGGGCUCAUAAGUUUACAUACUCAAGCAGAAUCACAGCAAAUACAGUUGUGUGACAAUAAAAAACUAUUGUCUGACUGCUAAUCCUAAAUGAAAGAAAAGUUUUUCCAUGAUCAAACAUAUUUUCUCAUUUUAAAAAAGGACAUUAUUCCACAAAUGAUUACCAGGGCAUGUAAACUUAUGAGCAAAACUGUAUAUUAUAGGAUUACAACUCACUUUGUCCUCUGAUUAUUGUUUUAAACUGCCAAGACAGGUUUUAUUCUUAACAUAAAAUCACAGGACUGAUAGGCAUAGAUGAAACUGAGUACACAAAGAGUUAAUCAAUGAUAUUCUGCUUUGAUAAAUAAUUUAGGAUGCCCAGAACACUGGAAUGCAUCGAGAUUUUGUAUUUUUAUACAGUGAGUGUAUCCUCUUAUUUGUAUAAUAUACUAAUACUGUCAUAAUGUGUUUUUUUUUUAACAAUACUAGUGUUUAUGUGGUAGUCUUUUAAACUGUGCUGCAACAUUAACAGCAACCUUCAAGCAUAAACACAGCAGUCCCUGCCAUAAUCUAA